GAGAGGAAGGAGCGCAGCGCGGAGCCCUCUGGGGGACGCCCAGGUCUGCGGCGCCCUCGGCCCCAGAGGCGGAGCCGGAAGCUCUACGGGCUCGUCCGUGAGCCCCUCUGUUUUGGAAGCGGCGGCCCUGUUCCUCUCGACCCGCUCCGCCUGCCCUUGUCGCCGCUUCACCCGGAGGCCCGAGUCCCCUGCCUGGCCGGGCGGUGCCGCCGCAGCUCCCGGACCCGGAAGAGGCGCUACCCCGCUCCUCCGCCAUGGAGCCCGCUGCGCCGUCCCUCACCGAGGAGGACCUGACCGAAGUGAAGAAGGACGCUUUAGAAAAUCUGCGUGUAUACCUGUGUGAAAAAAUCAUAGCUGAGAGACAUUUUGAUCACUUACGUGCAAAAAAAAUACUCAGUAGAGAAGACACUGAAGAAAUUUCUUGCCGAACAUCAAGCAGGAAAAGGGCCGGAAAAUUGUUAGACUAUUUACAAGAAAACCCCAAAGGACUAGAUACACUGGUUGAAUCUAUUCGGCGAGAAAAAACACAGAACUUCCUGAUUCAGAAGAUUACAGAUGAAGUGCUGAAACUUAGAAAUAUAAAACUAGAACAUCUGAAAGGACUGAAAUGUAGCAGCUGUGAACCUUUUCCAGAUGGAGCCACAAACAACUUCUCUAGAUCAAAUUCAGAUGAGAGUAAUUUCUCUGAAAAACUGAGAGCAUCCACUGUCAUAUACCAUCCAGAAGGAGAAUCCAGCACAGCCCCUUUUUUUUCUACUGAGUCUUCACUGAAUUUGCCUGUCCUAGAAGUCGGCAGAACUGAAAAUCCCACCUUCUCUUCAACUACACUUCCCAGGCCUGGGGACCCUGGGGCUCCUCCUUUGCCACCAGAGCUGCAGUUAGAAGAAGGAGGAACUUGUGGAAACUCUAGUGAGAUGUUUCUUCCCUUGAGGUCACGUGCUGUUUCGCAUCAAUGACAGUUUGCAGCCUCUUAAUUUUUUUUAAUAAUGACAAAAAAUAUUUGAAAGAUUAUCAGUCUUUUUAUAAAAUUACUGUAAUGACUUAACAUUUGAUAUAUGUUUUUUAAAAUGCAGUGGAAGCCUACUUUAUAAAAAAGACUUUUUUAGAACCAAAGAAUUGCAUACUUUUAGAUAGCUAAAGAACAUCAAUGUUGAUCAUGUACUUUUCAGUGUUUUCCAUUCUUUCCAUUUUUAAAGUAUUGAGUGUUUUCACAUUUUUUAAGACUAACUUUAAUAGGGAACAUUUCUCUAUUUGAGAAUAGAGUGUUAGGGUGGGAAUGAUGUCUCAGUGUAUUUGUACAAGAAUUUUCAUAGUCUAAUAGUCCUUUCCGACUAUUCAGUAAAUUUUCAGACUAAGUAUAUCUAUAUGGUAAUAAAUCCAGUCACUGACAGGAAAACUACCAGUGUACUGAAAAGAACCUCCCCCUCACUUGGGCUAGACACUUACAGAGUCCCCUUCUGAUGUGGAGGAGCACCUAAGGGAGUGUGAGCCACCUAAGAUCUCAAUUUGCCAAAAUACGUUUCUUAUUAACCUUAUUAAUUAAUACCACUUUCUUAGGAUUUUCACAAUCUUAUCAUUUUCAUUCCUACAGAAAAAAAUCUCAGCAAAAACCUGCUAUUACACGUAAUUUGGUGGGUUUUAAAAGUAUUUUUCUGAACUUUUCAUCCUCUUUCAGUGAGGACCACUGUACAAGUUGAACUAACUAGAACAAAAUGUUGUCUGUGUGUGUAUAUGUGCCAGUCCUGUCUUCAAUACUGUCUGGAACAAGUGGGCCAUUGGCUUCAUUUGUCUUUUUUACUAUAUAACAAAGUUUGACUAGUUUUACACCUUUAUAAAUUUUAUGCUGUCAUUGGUUUUAUUUAAAUUAUAAUCUCCCUGUUUCCUGAUAUAUGUCUCAUAUAUUUCCAUUACUUUGAAAAAGCAGAGGUGGGACUAUGCUAUUAACAACAAGAGUUUUUGAAUUACAGUGCUAUUUUUUGGAAGUUUCAAGUAUUUCAAUAGGAAAUAAAUACCUAAAAUACUUUUUUUACAUGUACCAAUUUUUAUAGAAAUCUUACUUCAAGUGAUGAGAUCAAGUUGCAUUUCUGGAUAGACAUGUAUUUAUCAAUCACAAAGAAGAUCGGCCUUUGGCUUUAGAACUUGUUUUAAGCCUGGAUAAUUUUUGUAGUGUAACAUUUUCUAAGGAUUAUGGGAAGCAUGUUUCACCUUCAGCAAGGCAUAAGAAAACAGUGGCAUUACAUUUAAAGAAGUUAAAAAGCAGAAGCAGGCUUUUCAUUUCAUUAAAAUUUGAUAUGUGGUUACUCUUAUUUAAAAAUAAUUUACUCAGAAUCAGAAAUAAUUUAGAUAUACUGUAUCACCCACAUUUAUAGUUGAUAACACUGAGUUUUCUUUCAGACUGUUAACUAUACAGACAAUAAAAUUAAGGUUUU